UUCAAUUUCACUUCCGGUCGAUUUUAUCCGCUUGUUUGCUGGCCAAAAUAAUGGAAAUUUUGGCAAGAUCAGCGUUAUAUUGGACCUAACAUUAUGUUAGCGUAUUUCCUUUUUAAAAAUGAACGAUUUAUUUACAAAUACAACGGUUCUUUUGACAGAGGAAUUCGUAAAAUCGUGUUCGAAGGAAAUCCUGCAGUCCAAACUCACGAAGCUUAGGCUGGUUACAGGUAUACAGUUUAGUAAGGCAAACAAAUCGUAUGCAGUGACCGGUGACUGGGAGCGUGUUAAUGCAGCUUUUGAGAUUUUAACCCACUGGCAACAGAUUCCAGAUCACGAGCCUGACUUUGAGAAUGUCUUGGAUGAUAAAAUUGCUCAAAUUUGUAACUGUGAUACUUUCAAUGAUUUCUUUCAGAAAUAUAAAUUGAAACAUGUCCAAAGUGAAAGUGAAAGUAGAUGGAAUGAUUUUCAUACAGACGGUUGUGAAUCUGACAAUGCUUUGAUAGAAAAAACUAUUGAAACUUUAGAAAAGGAGUAUUCCAGUCUCAGAGAUAAAUUGAAGUUCAAAAGAAAAGACCAGAAGAGGAUUGUGCCAAACAAUGAGAAAAGUACACCAGAUCACAAAACUUUAAAGCGCAAAAUAUUAAUUCAGCACAAGAAAGAUACAGAACAGAGCAAUGCUGUUAAAUCAAAAGCUAAACCCAAAAUCAAUUCUUCCGAGUCAGUUAAAAAAGGCAGCAUAUCACCAUUAAAUAGUCAGACGACUGGUGAUAGUAAAGUGCAGAAGAUUUAUAUUAAGUCUGAAAAUGUUGAAGACUUAGACCAGUUGGAUUCUUUGUCACCAAACAAUUCUAAUGCUGUGACCACAUCAAAAUCAUUUAAUAAUAGAAAUAAACACAUUAAAAAUCACAUCACCAAAUCUGUCGUAAAAACUGAAGAAAAUGGUCAAAAGGUUGCAAAAGAGAAAACUGCUACAAAAAAACCAGGGGAUAAAGGUUAUUGGAGUAGAGCUAAAAGAAACGAUGGUGACCAAAGUCAUAAUUGUAAGGAAUGUAAUGUUACUUUGAAGUCAAGAAAACGUUACCUUGAACACAUGAGACGCAUUCAUAUAAGAGAGUAUCAGUGUAAUGUUUGUGAAAAACGAUUCGGAUAUCCGACAGAUUUAAAUAGGCACAAAUGUCCAGGUAUUGUAGUCAAAGAGAAAAUCAAAGAACCAGGCAUUAGAAAUGUCAAGGCAAAGCAAAAUUCAGAAUCCGAACAAUUUCAUUGUCUAGAAUGUAACUAUGUUACACCAAUAAAGGUGAGACUGAAUUCUCACAUUCAGCGGAGUCAUCGAAAAGAAUUUGCAUGUGACAAGUGUGACAAGAAAUUUGGUUACACAAAAGACCUUUUGAAACAUCAAGAAAAUAUACACAGUGGCUCCUAUUUUUUUUGUGAUCAGUGCUCAAAAGUUUACAAAAAUAAGCAAAUUUUUGACAGUCAUCUUAAAACCCAUGAAUCAGGAUAUGUAAAACCUAUUUAUAAAUGUGAACAUUGUUUUAAAUCUUUGACCACCAAAUAUUCUCUUGCUCUACAUAUGAAGUCAGUGCACUUGGGUCAAAAGAAAGUAUAUCUUUGUCAAAUAUGUGGGAAAAAAUUUAGUCAAAGGAGUUCAUAUAAACAACACUGCAAUGCACACAAUGGAAUUAAACCAUAUAAAUGUGACAUCUGUGAAAAAGCUUUUGUUUAUCACAAGUCAUUAAAAGAGCACAAAUUCAUGCAUGACAAUAUACGACGAUUCACUUGCGUUUUUUGUGAUAAAGCAUUUCGACAAAGAACCACCCUUCACAUUCAUUUAAAAACACAUAAAACUGUAAAGGACCACAUAUGUCCUGUAUGUGGGCGAGGCUUUGCCCAAAAGCAGGCAAUGGAGCGACAUGAGAGAAUACAUUCAGGUGUACGGCCUUACACAUGCCAACUCUGCAAUAAAUCUUUCGGUGAUACAUCAACAAUUAGAAGACAUAUGAUAUCUUUGCAUCAGAAAAAUGAAACAAACUGGCGGGAAGAUAUUCAAUCUUCUGUAAAGAAGAAAAGUGAUUACUAUGUGUUUGGUGGGACUGGACAGAAUAGAGUAUACAAGUCCAAUCCAUCGAAAAAACCAUCUCCAUCAAAGAAAACCAGCCAAAAAGUUUCGCCAAAACAGGUACAAGUUAAAACUCCAGUUUUGCAAGAACCUACAGAAAUAUGCCAGCAAGAACCAAGUCUUAUUGUGUUAAACCCUGUUCAAAACAACAUACUGCAAGAUCCAAAUUAUAUUAAUGUAUUCAAUGGCGUUCAAGGACAGACAUUAAACGGUAGCGUCGCUAAUGGUACACAGAAUUACCAAACAUUUCAGACUCUUCAACCGGGAACUUUAUAUGCAAUUGCAGCUUCACAAAACAAUCAGGAACUAUCUCAAAAUCAGAAUGUAGGUGAAGCAUCCCCUGCACCACUUAGCAAUGGAUUUAAUCAAGUGAUUGACUUUUCUACAAUGACUUUCGUAGCUACAAAAAUGCCAAAUCAAGCUUGUGACAAGCUUGAAAAUGGUGAAGAAACUCCUGUUCAACAGCCAGUGCAAGUAAAUCAAGGACAAAAUACAAAUAUGAUGCAAAAUGCCACAAUAGUGCCUUUAACCCCUGUAUCAGAAGGCCUUACUGUUGGUCAACCAGCACCCAAUACCCCGGUCUCCUCAGACUCCUCUUUGAGUCAAGCCAUUGCAAGUAUCUGGGGCUUUGUUGGUUACCCGUCAUACCAAAGCCCAGGAAAUGUAUCUCAGUUUCAUCAGUCCACACAGAAUCAGUAAUGUUUCUUAACUUUGAUGCCAAAUUUCUUAUUUUCUUGUUGUUUUUUUGUUAUUGUUGGCAUUGUUUGUUAACUUAACAAUUAUGUUAUGAAUUAUAAAAUUAGGAGUGGGAAUUAAUUUAGUUUAUUAAAUACAUGAUUGCAGGGUAGUCAUUUGGAGGACGCUAGAAGCCAAAAUGACUGUCUUAAAUCAGUCUGCUCAAAUGUAUCUUGGACCUUCUUAAAACAUGGAAAAUGCCCUUUGUUGUAUGUGAUUAAAGUUUAUUUAAGCAUUAAACCAAAAAUGAAUAAAAAACUGUCUCAGAAAAUGUUCAAUGACAAUCCGGUGCUCAUUUAAUCACACAUGUAAAUGCAAUAAUGCUAGGAUGUUUUAUAAUAAAAAAUCAUGUUAAAAUGGCUUAAUGAAAUUUUUCUUACAAAGCUCAUCUGUUUGGAAGAAAGAUUUGAAUUUUUAUGAUGUUGUUACUUGUAGUUGUUGUCUUGAAAAAAAACUUAAUGUGACCCAUUAAAUUAUUUUAAUUUAUCAACUUGAAACAUGGAAGAAUUGCAUAUCUUGACAAGGUGCGGUCAUUAGAAAAGGGUCAUAAUUAUGAAAGCUGUAUUUUUUAGUUAUGUCCCUUUUUUACAUAGUUUUGUCAGAAUUUGUUAUGGAUAGUUGUUGC